AUGGCGCCCGCGAUCCCGCCCACGCGACGGUCGCGCAACGGCUGCAUCGACUGCCGCCGGGCCAAGGUCAAGUGUGACGAGAUCCGCCCGUCAUGCGGUACUUGCGCCCGGCGUCGGCACGUCUGUCAGGGGUACAAGACGCCUGCCCCUACCCACUCGCGAUCAUUCAACGCGUCACUGCCGCCGUCUACGGACUCGUCUGGCAUCGCUUCUGGUGGCAGCGGUAGCAAGAGCGCAGUGGGAGCAGCGGCGGCGUCGCCAAAGACUCCGGCGAGCGAGGCUUCGGUGACCGAGACGAUCGCCGUGGCAACCACCCCGGCGGAGGCUGAGUGUCGGCCGACGCUGGUGGUGGAAAGCCCGAGGAUCUUCUCGCUCAUCCCGCCUGGCACGGUGCCGCUCGGGGAUCAGCCGCAUUUUGAGGUCUACUUCAACAGACACCCCUUUGAGCUGCUGAUUGGCCAGGAGUUUGUGUGCGAGAUGAACGCCAACGUCUUGAUGAUGUUGCAGCAAGAUCCAGUGACGGUCGCAGACGCCGUGUCGGCGGUUGGCUACUCAUAUCUUGUGGGGAUGGGGAACAACACCUCACAAACACUGCUGCCGGUGCUAAAUCGCAGGGCAAGAAUACUUGCAAACCUAAGAAGCAUGAAACCUUCGAGUUAUUACUUUGAGGAAGCCCUCUUCUUACUUCUCGGUCUCUGCGCAAUGGAGCUCGUUACUCUGGCGCAACCAGGACACCAGGCUACCAUCCCUACUGUCCUGUCCAACGUGGCGUCUCUCAUCACACACCACGUCUCUGCUGGAGGAAAUGUAUCGUCUAUUGCGAGAUAUUACCUUCGCGCAUUGGCUAGACAGGAUCUCGUGGUCUCGCUCGUCCAGCUGCGCCGGCCCAAAGUGCCCACUUACGUCUGGCUCGAAGACGAGCCCAAGCCUGACCGACUGCUCGGCUACACCGUGACCAUGAUGCCUCUCCUCGAAGAACUCUGCACGCUGGCGGAGGAGGUUCGAGAUCAGGUCCUUCAGCCUGCUUUUACCAACUCUCUCCUAGAUGGACCCGGGACCAUCCCCACAUCGGAUGACACUUCGCCGCCUUCGUUGUGCCUCGACAGCUGGCUGGACGCGGGUUGCUCCGAUACCCUUCUGCGAGCGGAUUCUCUCCGCAUGCGGCUGGAGGCCUGGCGCCCCAUGAUAUCUGACAGCCUCUCGUUCCGCUCGUCGCGCAAGUUCCGUGCACAGGCUGCAUGCUACCGGGCGGGGGCCCUCCUGUACUUGCAUCGUCUCUUUAACCUCCCCAACUCAUCCCCCACAGCAGACGCUGAGGCGUUAAGCAAGGCUCACGACGUGAUGCUUUACACCAGCGGCCCGCCCGCGGAGACCAAGAUGUUGCUGUGGCCCGUCUUCCUAGCGGCCUGCGAGAUGUUAGAUGAUGAGGAUAGGACUGCUGUGCGGGACGUGUUCGACUCGAUAGGCACGCAUCGAAAGACGGUCACCGUCGAGCGGACGCGGACGUUCGUCGAGGAGAGGGUGUGGAAAGCUAGAGAUGCAGGCCGGGACUGGAACUGGAUGGUGCUAGCCCAGCUUUAUCCGGGAGAAUGUCUCCCUAUAUGA